GGGGCGCGUGCAGCGGCGGCAGCGGCGGCGGCGGGUGAUGAGCGCGGAGCGGGCGCGCGAGAUUCGGCAGCUGCAGAAGGCGAAGGAGAAGGCGCAGCGCAGCGGGAGCCGGGGGCAGGAGGCCGCGCUCUGUAACCAGCUCGGGGAGAUCCUGGCCAGCCAUGGACGCUACGAGGAGGCUCUGGCCGAGCACCGGCAGGAGCUGCGGUUACUGGAAGGAGCCGGCGACGGGCUCGGCUGCGCCGUGGCUCACCGGAAGAUCGGCGAGCGCCUGGCCGAGCUGGAGAACUACGAGGCGGCGUUAAAACACCAACGUCGGCACCUGGAACUGGCUCGGUCCCUCUCGGACGACACGGAGCAGCAGCGAGCCUGGGCCACCAUCGGCCGGACGUACAUGUUCAUCGCCGACAGCCGUUCGCCGGGGGAAGAGACGGCGGCGCCGGCGUUACCGGCGUUGCGCGAAGCCGAACGGGCUUUCCGCACCAGUUUGGCUAUCGUGGAGGAGAAACUGGAAGGAGUCGUGCCGAACCGGGAACUGACGGAAAUGAGGACGCGGCUUUACCUUAAUUUGGGUUUGGUCUACGACAGCUUGAAGGAAUCGGCCAAACGCGAUCGCUACAUCAAAAAAAGCAUCUUCCUCGCCGAGCAGGGGCGGCUCGACGAGGAUCUUUACCGCGCGUACUUCAACCUGGGCAGCAUCGGCCUGCGGGAGGGCGACCGCUCCGGGGCGCUGCGCUGCCUGGCCCGGGCGCGCGACUGCGCCCGCAGGAUGAGGGAGAAGGCACUGGAGAGCGAGUGCUGCGGCUGCGCGGGCCAGGUCCUGCUGAGUUUGGGUGACUUCGCGGCCGCCAAGCGCUCCUUGAAGCACGCCUACCUCCUGGGCUCGCGGCAGCCCCGGCAGCGUCACCUCAUCCGCUCCAACCUCCGCUACGCCACCAAGGUGACGCGGCUGCAGGAGGCUCUGGAGGAGGCGGUGGCCGGUGACCCGCCGGCGGCGCUGGCCCUCUGCGAGCAGCUGGGGGACGCUUUCUCCAAGCACGGGGACUUUGCGCGAGCCGUGGAGUACUACCAAAAACAGCUGAGCUUGGCGGAGGCGCUGGGGAGGCCGCCGGGGGAGCUGGCCGUUAUCCACGUCUCGUUGGCCACCACCUUCGGGGACCUGAAGGACCCCGCUCGAGCCGUCCAUCACUACCGGCAGGAGCUGGCGCUGCACCGCGGCGACGCGCUGGAGGAGGGGAAGACGUGGCUGAACGUGGCGCUGGCCAUGGAGGAGGCGGGCGACCCCCCCGCCCAGCUCCAGCCCUGCUUCCAAACCGCGCUGGCACGCGCCGAAACGGCCGGAGACCCCCGGCUGCAGCGGCAGAUCCUGCGGCACCUCCACGCGCUGCAGGUACGGAACGGCGACGCCGAAGCGGCUGCCGGUACCGCGGGCCGGUUGGAGGAGCUGGGGGGCUGCGGCGGCGAGGAGGAGGAGGAGGAGGAGGAGGAGGAGGAAGAACCGGAGAGCAGCGAGGCGCAGGACGAGAGCGAGCUGGAGCUGUCGGAGAGCGAGGGGGAGGAAGACGAACUCGACGGCUACCCCAAGAGCGUCCCCGGGCGCCGGCGGCUCAGCAAGUGGAACCGGCGCAACGAGCGGGGCGAGACCCCCCUGCACCGCGCCUGCAUCGAGGGCGACCUGCGCCGCGUCCAGCUCUUCCUCAGGCAGGGGCACCCCCUGAACCCCCGCGAUUACUGCGGCUGGACCCCGCUGCACGAAGCCUGCAACCACGGGCACCUGGAAAUCGUCCGGUUGCUGCUGGACCGGGGAGCGGCGCUGGACGACCCGGGGGGGCCGGGCUGCGAAGGCAUCACCCCCCUGCACGACGCCCUCAGCUGCGGCCACUUCGAGGUGGCCGAGCUCUUGGUGCGGCGCGGAGCGUCAGUGACGGCCAGGAACGCCAGGGGUUUGACGCCGCUGGGGACGCUGGAGGAGUGGGUGAGCGCCUACGGCAAGGAGCUGGACCAGGAGACGCGGCAACGGUGCCGGGACGCCGAGCGGCUGCUGAAGGAGGCGGCGGCGGCGGCAGGAGCCCCGCCGCAGCUCGAGUCCUCGCCGUUGUUCGACGCUGAGCUCAGCGAGCGCCAAAUCCCGCGGCCGCGCUCCCCAGCGGCGGCGGCAGAGCCGGAGGCCGGUGACAUGUCGCCGCUGAGGCCGGUGAAGAAGCGGCAGCGGGUGCCGGGGUUCGGCGCGCAGGAGGGAGCGGGGCCGGAGCCGGAGCCGACCGAGUACGAAGCCACGAUCCGGGGCCUCGGCAGCGCCAGAUCCCUGCUCGGUGGCGGCACCGCCGCGGUACCAUGCCGGCAGCCGGCGCUCAUCCCGGCCGAGCAGUACCUGGAGGAGGAGGACUGGCUGGAAGACGACCUGGGGGGGUGCCGGGGGGGCCGUAAGCGGCCGCGCCGGGACCCCCAGGAACUGGCGCCCGUUUUGGAGGACACCACGGAGCCGGAGAGCGACGGCGAGGUCCCGGCAGCGGCCUGGCAGCAGCCGCGGCGCCGUCGGAGCGUGCAAAGCCGCCUCACCCGCCUGGUGGAGAGGAUCCCGGCGGGGCGCUGCCGGGAACGCCGACCCCCCGAGGCCGCCGGGACCCCCCUCCCUGCCGCAGCUGAGGGCGAGGGGAGCCCCCCCCGCCUGCCCGCGCCGCUGCCCGUGCCGCUGCCCGCGCCGCUGCCCGCUCUCCGCGUGCGGGUGCGGGUCCAGGACGACGUCUUCCUCAUCCCCGUGCCCCAGGGCGAGAGCCUCACCGUGGGCUGGCUGGCGGAACGGGCGGCCGAACGGUAUUACCAAACCCGCGGGCUGCUACCGCGCCUCAGCCUCCAGAAAGAGGGGGCUCUGCUGGCCCCCCAGGACCCGGUGGGGGACGUCCUGCAGAGCAACGAGGAGGUGCUGGCGGAGGUGAAGUGCUGGGACGUGCCGCCCCUGGCCGAGCGGUACCGGAGGGCUUGCCGGAGCCUGGCCGUGGAGCCUCACCCGCUGCUGCUGAAGGUGACGGAGCUGCGGGAGCAGACCCCGGCGUUGGGGCUCGGGGGGGGCCUGGCCCUGCGCCCCCCCCACUUCCCCCCGCUCCUGCGCGCCCUCAAGCUGCAGGCGCCGCUGCGGCAGCUCCGGUUACGCGGUUGCGGUUUACCGGACGAGGCGGCCGCCGACCUGCUGGCCACGCUGGCCACUCUGCCUGCCCUCACCCUCCUCGAUUUAGCCGGGAACCGUCUCGGCGCCCAGGGGCUGCGGCAGCUCCUGCCCCGGCAGCCCGGCACCUUCCAGAGCCUGGAGGAGCUGGACCUGAGCCUGAACCCGCUGGGCGACGCCGGCUGCCGGCCCCUGGCCCUGCUGCUGCGGUCCUGCCCGGCGCUCGCCACGCUGCGGCUGCAGGCCUGCGGCUUCGCCGACGCCUUCAGCCUCGCCGGAACGCCGCGGUUGCAGACGUUGGCUCUGUCCUACAACGCCCUGGGGCCGGCGGCGCUGGAGCGGCUCCUCGGCGACCUCCCGUGCCGCAGCCUCGGCCGACUGGAGCUGGGCUGCGUCGCCACGACGGCGCCGCAUCUCCUCGCCGCGGCCCUCGGCCGGUACCUGGCGCAGGACGGCUGCGCCCUGAGCCACCUCACGCUCGCCGGGAACCGCCUGGGUGACGGCGACGUCCUGGAGGUGACCAGGUGCCUCCCGGCGUGUCCGGCUCUGGUUUCCCUGGAUUUUUCGGCCAAUCCCGGGAUCGGCGCCGCGGCGCUGCGGGCGCUGCUCCACGCCCUGGAAGAGCGGAGCCAGGGGCUCCGGUUCCUCAGUCUGGCAGGCUGCUCCGUGCGGUUGGACGACGCGACUCGCGCCGAAAUCGCCGCCAAAAUCCAGGAUUUCCGGCUCUGCGGCCGCCACGUCCGCCAGAGCGACCAGCAGGAUGUCGGCAAAGCUUGGCGCGCUCCCGCCGGCACUGUCGUGCGGCACCGUAAGCUCUUCUGCAAGAGCCUCUGAAGCGCCGGCGUCUCGCGGUUUUAACCGGCGCGGCCAUUACACGCCGUAUUUA